AUGGAAUUCAUAAAGCAGUAUUCUAGUGAUACAUCUGACGACGACGAAGAAGAAUCACCAGAUCAAACCCAACACCAUUUAAAGGUUUCUGAAGAACUAGAGGAAGAAGAAGAAGAAGAAGAAGAAGAAGAAGAAGAAGUUGAAAUCGAAGAUCAUAAUAAUUUGAUCUCUACAUUCAUCCCAUAUCUGCAAAGUUUUUCAAGUCAUCAAAUGAAUAAAACAGGGUGUUUCAUAUAUGUGCCAUGGAGGCCACAUUUAAGUAGUAUAACUCGCUUGAAUAAAGAAAGUCUAAAAUUGAUUAAACAAAUGCCUUUAUUAAAGGAUAAUUUCAAAUUUCAAAGUACAAACAUUUAUCCACAAUUCAUGAAAUAUCAUAUCAGUGUUUUAAGUAACUUUAAUUUGGAUCCAUAUCGAAUUGAACAAUUCAAACAAGAUUUAAAAAAUGUCAUUAAUAGAGUGGAGAUUGAUUCUCGAUUGAUUGGAAUUAAUGAACAAGAACAAUCAAAUCAGAAUACUUUAAGUACAUUACUUGCAAAGAAAACACCAUCCACACAGCAUAAUCAUUAUAUAAAUUUACGAUUCCAGCCCAAACUAACCAUAUUCUUAAGUCAUACAUCGAAUAAACUAUUCAUUGGAUCUCCUAUAAAUGUAGAUCAUUUCAAUAGUAAACAAUUCUUACAUUCAUUAAAUUCAAAGGUUGAAGAAUUGAUCAAAGGUCAAUAUAAUGAAAACAUUUCGAAAAUCAAAACUCUAGACAAUGGAUUAGAUGAUUCUAUCCCUCAUAUCAGUUUCCAAAUCGGAGAACCAACCAAUUCAAAUGUUGUAAUCAAUGAUGAAAUAAUAAAACAAUUAAAUCUACAAUUGAGUGAAAUCACGAUUGAUAUUGAAGAUAUCGAAGUCAAUGUCAAUGAAGUCUUACUCAUGCAAAUAUCAUCAACCAAGGAAGUUACACCUUUCAAAUUUAACAUAUAG